AUGGAGGGUGUAGAUCCUGAUGUAGUUGACAUAUUAUAUAAAACUUUUGAAGAGUUGGAGGAUAUAUUGCAUGGGGGUCAGUUGUCCUGUAACCAUGUUGAUGAAGUGUGGCCUAAUUUGUUUCUAGGGGACAUGCACAUGUCUCAUGAUAGGUAUGGCCUAUGGAGACUCGGUAUCACUCAUGUUUUAAAUGCUGCACAUGGUAAAAUGUGUUGCAAAGGACGUGAUGACUUUUAUGGGACAACGGUGAAGUACUACGGUGUGCCAGCCAAUGACCCGCCUACAUUUGAUAUUUCACCAUUUUUCUACCCAUCAGCACACUACAUACAUGAAGCUCUCAGCACAACUGGAGCUAAAGUGUUUGUUCAUUGUGCCAUGGGAUUGAGUCGUUCAGCUGCUCUGGUCUUAGCUUAUUUAAUGAUACAUUGCAAUUAUUCUCUGGUGGAUGCAAUCCUGAAAGUGAAAGAGAAAAGAUGGAUUUUUCCGAACCGAGGAUUUCUGAAGCAGUUGAUAACACUUAACAACGAAUUAUACUGCAAGUAGAGUCAAAGUAACUUGCCUCUGUUAAAACAUGACUAAAUAGAUCAUUAUUCAACCAUUAUCAAAUGAUCAUUUAAAAUGUCAUUUAAAAUCAUUUAUCAUUAAAACAUGUUAUAAACAAACAUUUAAUCAACUUCCCAAUAACAAUGUCCAUUAUCAUUAAUGACAUAAUCUUUAUAUUAUCAGUCAUCAUAGGCUGAUAUCUCUGUCUUCUGCUAAAUGAAGGCUAUUUGAAAAUAAUAACGAGAAUCCCACUGCACUCAUUGUA